AUUCAGGACACUGGGUGGGUGUACCCAGAACACUGUUACUCAACCCUGAGUGCCAGUGUGGGGUUUCGCUCGCUGAACGUGCUGCAGAGGGCUGGGAUGUGCUGCUGGAAGCUGGGCUGGGAGGGGCUGCAGCCAUGAGCCCCCCUGGUCCCAGGAUCUGUGCAAAAUUCUAUGGAAUAAAUCUGGCAAUAGGUUACAAAUCAUGGGCCACUGCUAAAAUAUGGAUUACCUUGAAAAGGCCAUGGUUAAAAGGCCAAAAAUACUGCUCUCAGUCUCUGAAUUGGUUCUCUUUAAAAGGUCUAGGUAAGAUAUGAGAGAACAGUCUGACCAAGACACCCCUCACCACAGCUGACACGAAUUUUCUUCUGCUUGAGAAUAAGUUAAUGAGCAAGAACAUGAGCAGCCUGUGAUAUUCUCUGAGAGCAACAUAUUCCUCUCUGACAAACUAACCUUCCAGUGGGAAGGGAAAUGCUUGCAAUAUCAAAUUGCAAAUAUUCUGUACUCUGAAGGAUUUGAUGUUCCACAAACCUCCAUAUAUCUUAACUGCUGUUCCUUAGGCUUCCUCCUCUGCCUUCAUUCAGUUCUGGUUUGAAACCCAAUUCAGGCAGCAGCUUAGAAAAACAGUUCUCUAGCUCAAGAUGGAGCAGCUGAAGUCUUAAUUUGGGAGGUCUUUGUUUUACAGGGGGACAUUACUCUUGGGUCAAAAUUUUAGUUAUCCAGGUCAUGGUGUUGGUGUCAGUUUUCAACAUUAGAAACUCAGCGACACAAGUACCACUGAGCUGCCUUAGGACAUUUAUUUUCUCCAAGGAUGACAAACAGUCACAUCCACAGCUCUUACUGGGAUUUCUUCCCUUCACUCACAUUAAAACAAAGCAACUCUAACAGGUAUUUUUUAUUCAGGUGAUUUCCUAAAGCUUGGGGCUAAGUAGAUAAUCCCGGAUGUCCCAAGACGAGGAGUUCUCAGGGUGCGCUGUGACGAUGGGGACAAGGUAUCGAUGGGAACAUCCCGUGGUAUUUCCAUGAUUGCAACAGACUGCAGGCUUUACUAAGAAUGCACAGUAAAAAGACUGCAGUCAGAUACUAUGUUGGGAUUGAUGUUGGCUCAGGCAGCGUUCGAGCAGCGUUGGUCGAUGGCUGUGGGACAGUGGUGGCACAUGCGGAGCAGCCCAUCCAAAUUUGGGAGCCCCAACCAGACCACUACGAGCAGUCCUCUGCAGACAUCUGGGCUGCCUGCUGCUCAGUCACAAAGAAGGUUGUCUGUGGAGUGGAUGCUGCCCAGAUUCGAGGGAUUGGUUUUGAUGCUACAUGUUCUCUUGUUGUUCUGGAUAAACAGUUCCAACCUUUGGCAGUCAACUGUGAAGGACAGAACCAUAGGAAUGUUAUUAUGUGGAUGGAUCAUCGUGCAGUGAGUCAAGUCGAGCUCAUCAAUGCAACACAGCACAGAGUUUUGAACUAUGUAGGGGGAGCAAUGUCUGUGGAAAUGCAACCACCUAAACUGCUGUGGAUAAAGGAGAACUUGCAGGAAUCCUGGGAGAAGGCAGGCUGCUUCUUUGAUCUUCCGGAUUUCUUAUCUUGGAAAGCCACAGGUGUCACUGCAAGGUCCCUCUGUACAGUCGUGUGCAAGUGGACGUACACGCCAGACAGGGGUUGGGAUGACACCUUCUGGAAAAUGAUUGGUUUGGAAGAUUUGGUGAAGGAUAAGUAUGAAAAAAUAGGAGUAAUUGGAGCAGAUGUGAAAGGACAUAACCUGCCAUGUGAGAACCAGCCGAUUACAUCCCGAGUUGCAAUGAUCUGUGGAACAUCUUCGUGCCACAUGGGGGUCAGUGAAAAACCCAUUUUUGUUCCUGGUGUUUGGGGACCAUAUUUCUCUGCAAUGGUACCUGGACUGUGGUUGAAUGAGGGAGGUCAAAGUGCUACAGGAAAGCUGAUCGAUCAUGUGGUCCGAGGCCACGUCGCCUUCCCGGAAUUACAGUCAAAAGCUGCAGCCAGUGCUCAGAGCAUAUAUACAUACUUGAACAGUCACCUGGAUCUGAUUAAGAAAUCUUUGCCUGUGGGUUUCCUCACUGUUGAUUUGCAUGUUUGGCCAGAUUUCCAUGGUAACAGAUCUCCCUUAACAGAUCUGACACUAAAGGGCAUGGUUGUUGGACUGACAUUGUCCCGGGGUCUGGAUGAACUUGCCCUUAUCUACCUGGCCACGAUCCAAGCCAUUGCUUUAGGAACAAGACAUAUUUUGGAAACAAUGCAGGCUGCAGGACAUGAUAUCAACACGCUGUUUCUGUGUGGUGGGCUGAGCAAGAACCCUCUCUUUGUGCAGAUGCACGCUGACAUUACUGGGAAGCCUGUUGUCCUGUCCAGAGAGGUGGAGUCUGUUUUGGUGGGUGCUGCUAUUCUUGCAGCUUGUGCUUCUGGGGACUUUGCAUCUAUACAGGAGGCCAUGGCGAAAAUGGGGAAAAUUGGGAGAGUCGUGCAGCCCAACCACGAGCACAAAAGAUUUUAUGACAAGAAAUAUGAAGUAUUUUUGAAGCUUGUGGAACAUCAGAAGGAGUAUCGCUCCAUCAUGAACAGCUUGUGAUCCAGAGGGAUGUAGUCUGGGAAUAGCAGGGAUAAUGAAUUUCCAGGCACGUGUGAUGCGGGUAAUUUCUUCUUACUGUACUGUCCAUGUUAAAAAUAUACUUUUAUCAUUUAAAAGAUACAUUUUAAUUUUUAAUGAGAAAUAAAAUGCACUCAUUUCGCUGUGUGAA